CCGCUCUUUGAGGCCCAAACCGAUGGAUUACCCCCUUGUCUGCGAGCACGGUGGAUAGAGCGAAAGCUACACCAGUCAACGAGGCGACGGCCAUUGUUUUAUAGCUCUGUUCAUCACAUAGAAAUCCGCUAAAGUGUACCCAAUUCUAAAAUGACAAUAAACAAACCGAGUAUGGUGAGUUAAAAUGCUGUGUGGUGAAAUAGAAAAACAAUUUUACCUGCAAAACUGACGUAACGCUGUGCAAUAAAACCUUUGAGGUUGCUGUAAAUGAUAACCACACACACAGAAAAGGAAAAAUAAGAAGCUGCGGUACGAGUAAAAAACAAAGUUCGGUCUGUCUUGAGAUGAAAAUAAGAAUUGUGACGCUUGAUUGCUAGAAUUAUUUCAUGUGUGUGCUUUUGUGCGAAUGAAGUUGAGUGAGUUUACUUCAAUAAAAAUGGAGAAAGAAUCCGGAACGAUAAAAAUGGAAGAGCUUACGAUAUUCGACACUCUGUUGGAUGUUAUAAAAUCUGACCUACCGAUCAUCAAGAAUAAUGGAGAGGAAUCGGCACCACAAGAUGACAAUACUAUCGAUAAAACCGUUGAAACGAAAACUACUGCAGCAGCUGAUAGUGAAAUUGCCGCUUCUAGUUCAAGGUUUUGAUUCUGGUUCCAGGAAAACGAAUGAAUUGGAAACGAACCCUACUGACGACAGCCAACGGAAACACAUUUGCAGCAUUUGUGGUAAAGAGUACAAAACAAAGCCAGUUCUCUGUCAGCACAAGAAAACACAUAAUGGCAAGCAAUCGUUUAUUUCUGACGAAACUAGCGGAACGUUGAGCACAGCCCGCAAGCUCAAUAACCAUAAUACGCAUUUUACAGAGGAAAAUGAAUACAAGUGCGAUAUAUGUGAAAAAACUUUCCUCCUGAAAACGCAAAUAAAGCUUCACAUGACGCAACACACGAAGGAUUGUGCCCAUAAAUGUCUCAUUUGUGGAAAAGUGUUUAGCUUCAAAUCGCAUCUUGAACGACAUACGCAGUUUCACAGUGACGAGCGACGGUACAAAUGCGACAUCUGCGGCAAGGAUUACAAAUCAGCAGCCAGUCUUUAUCAACACAAAAGGUAUCACAUUUCCCAUGAGGAUGAGCUGCAUGAAUGCCUCAUUUGCGGGAAGAAAUACAAAUCAGUAUACAAGCUUAAUGAGCACACAAAGUAUCACACAUCCGGUGAGGACGAAUUGCAUAGAUGCGACCUUUGCGGGAAAGUCUUCAUUUACCGCUCUUACCUCUUAAAUCAUAAGCACACUCACAGUGAGGAACGACGGCACAAAUGCGACAUCUGCGGAAAAGAUUUCAAAUUGAUAUAUUAUCUGAAUAUUCACAAGAAGUAUCACACAACCCAUGAGGAUGAUAUGCACAAAUGCCCCAUUUGCGGGAAAGGUUUCGUGCUUCACAGCAUACUCUUAGAUCAUUUGAACACCCACAGUGACGUGCGGUGCAGAUGCGAUAUCUGCGGCAAGAAUUACCAGUCACCACGGAAUCUGAAGAAUCACAUGAAAUAUCACACAUCCGGAAAGGAUGAACUGCACAGUUGCGACGUUUGUGGGAAAGCCUACGUUUAUCGCUCUACCCUCUUAUAUCAUAUGCAGGCACACAGUGACGAGCGAAAACACAGAUGCGAUAUCUGCGGCAAGGAUUACAAAACAGCAACUAUUUUGAAAACUCACAAGAAGCUUCACACAUCCGGUGACGAUGUACUGCACAAAUGCGCCAUUUGCGGAAAAGGUUUCGUGGUUCGCUACGCACUCGAACAGCAUUUGGAAACUCAUAGUGACGAACGACGGCACAAGUGCGAAAUUUGCGGCAAGCAGUACAAAAGCAGAGGCGCACUUUACGUGCACGGAAAGGCACAUAAGGGCGAACAAUCGUGACGAAUUCAACGAAGCGUUUGAAGCGUUCCGACUCAAAUAUUUUCUCUGCGAAGGCGCUGAGCAACCAUUCAAAUGCGAAAUUUUCAAGUCUCUUAGUUUAUGUACGCAAAAUAGAAUACACAUUGUGUUGCGCAGCGGUUUAUUCUUGCACAGAAAAAAUGUACAGGCUCGUUGAGGUUCACAUUAGAAAAACAACACUGGGUAAUUAUAGAUCGAGUACGAUGAAACUAUCGUAAUGUCUAAUUUGAAAAAAUAUAUAUUAAUGAAAAAUACUUUGAUUUAACACUAGUUUUUAAAACAACCAUUGAAAUAUAAAACAUAAAAGACUCAGGAAGAUUUAUGUAUUUUGUUGAUGUAGAAUAUGCCAAAUUUAUUCGAUUGGAUUUUUCAUGUAAAACACUCUAUGAACUAAUUUUAAAGACAAAGACAUCUACAUGCCAAAAC